UCGUCAGCUAUUAUUCAUGUGCAUGGUCGGGUCGACAAGGAUGGAUGUAUAUUAGUGAGAAUUAUCUUGGAUUUCAUUCCUUAUUGCUCGGUGUUGAAAAGAAAUUUCUCCUCGAGCUCAAAGAUGUACAAGAGUUGAAGAAGGAAAAUUCCAAGAGUUUGUUUUCUGAUAAUCUUCGCAUCAUCACAAAGGACAAAAAAGAAGUAAGCCUUGUUACGGUGUCACAGGACAUGCAAUACUGAUUACUUGCCACACCUUUGUAGUACCUCUUCACCACCAUGUUCAAACGCGACGAGGUGUACGAUUUACUGGUUCAAUUGACAGGUCAGGCCAUGCUUCGUCUUUUAAAGAAUGCAGGAGGCGACGCGCCGGGAGCUUCCAACAGCCCGAGCGAUAUCGUGGACAAUCAGACAACCGUCGCUGGACGCGCAUUGGAUGGAGGACAACUCAUCAGUCCCUUGAAACAAGAUCUAGCAGCCAAGAAGCGAAACCACAGUUUCUGCUUGCAUUUUCGACUUCCUUUGACGGAAGAGUUGAUUGAUACCCUCGAGGUCACGUACAUGAAACCUCAUUAUACAAAAACCAAGUCAGGAUCACCUCCACCGGAAAAGACCCUGUAUCAAGGUCGGCUCUAUCUGUCCGGUGCGUAUAUAACGUUUGAGUCCAUGUUACGGUUGCCUCAACCGCAGCAACAUCAACCGAUCUGCUGGCUUGUAUUCCCACUCUAUACGAUCCGCCGCGUCGAACGACUUAAUACCGGCAGCUAUGUAUCAGCCUUGUCCAUUUCCACGUGGCACAAGAUGGAGCAUAUUUUUCAACUUCACGUAAAACUUGUUUUUCAUCAUGGGGAAAUCAAAAAGGACGGAUUGAUUGACGCUGUCAGUUACUGUAGGCUCCAAAGACGGCAUGUGAACGAUUUUGUCAACGAUUUGCAAUUCAUCUCAAAGAUCAAUUGCAAACCGCGGCUCUCAAGACGUUUUUAAAAACCCUGGAAUCCGAGCGGUUGUUGAACAAGCAAGAACCGGUUCUUGUCGACGUGGAUGAACCCGCAGGCGGUCUUGGAUUACUCUUUG